GCGAUUGUUUACAUCACGUACGUAUCGAAAAGCUUCUGUUCCUUUUUUAAUCCUAAAAAUCAUUGAAUUCGUUAUUGUAGUUUAUUGGUGUAUUCCGUUUACCUAUUAUUGCGCUAAAGUUUCCAGUAGGCAGAUACGUUUUUGCUCAUGGUGAUAAUGAAAUCAUACUGGGUGCUCCUGAUCGGAGCCCUACUAAAUCUCACGGUAGCAGCGACAACGCACAAACACAAUCAUCAUACCGCUAGUGCAGGUGCGAAGGAACGUCUGGAAGAUGGAAGUUAUAUUCCACGGGAUGCCUACCACAUGGAUGGAGAAGAACAUCGUUCCGAAUUCGAUCAUGAAGCUAUUUUGGGCAGUGUCAAAGAAGCAGAGGAAUUUGAUAGACUUUCGCCGGAGGAAUCGAAAAGUCGAUUGGCGAAGCUCGUAGUUAAGAUGGAUCUAAAUGCGGACGGGUUCGUCGAUCGACAUGAGCUAAAAGCCUGGAUUCUGCGGUCAUUCAAAAGUUUAUUAGAUGAAGAAGCUGCCGAUCGGUUUGAGGAUGUGGAUUUGAACUCAGACGAUGUUGUUACAUGGCAGGAGUAUUAUACCGAAACCUAUGGCAUGGAUGCUGAUGACGAAGAAUCCAUUAAAGACCCCAUAAUGGAUGCUAAUAAAGAGGAGGAAAAGAAGCUAAUUGCUGACGACAAGGAAAUGUUCGAAGCGGCAGACAGCAACAAGGACGACAAGUUGGACCCGACUGAAUUUGUACAAUUUAUGUCACCCGAAGAAUUUCCACAAAUGUUCGCCGUUGUCCUGAAGCAAACUCUGCGCAACAAAGACGUCAACAAUGAUGGAAAAAUUGACUUUCAAGAGUUUAUCGCUGAGCAAUCGCGUGGACAUGAUAAGGAGUGGUUGAUUACAGAGAAGGAUCGGUUUGAUAAUGAUUACGAUAAAGAUGGUGACGGUUAUCUUAAUGGGAACGAAAUUUUGUCUUGGAUUUUACCAAGUAAUGAGGAAGUUGCAGAGGACGAAGUAGCACAUUUAUUCGUAUCGAGUGACGAGGACCAUGAUGAUCGGCUUUCAUAUCAAGAAAUCAUUGAUAAAUAUGAUAUCUUCGUUGGCAGCGAGGCUACUGAUUAUGGCGAUCAUUUGCAAAAUAUUCAUCAUUUCGACGAUGAAUUAUAAACCAAAAUAUCUUCUUGAAUUCUGCUUAUAGUCACAUAUUUUAAGUUAAACUAACGUUGCCAUUUAAGUGGGAACACAGACCUGUAGAAAACCAGCACAAAUUAUUUCAUUCACCAGUUUUAGACAUCAAAUAAGUUAUUUUAUAGUUUACAUGACCUCUCUCUCAUAUUUCCUUAAUAUCGCAUUUAUAGCCAUAAUCAUUGAAUGUAAAUUAACUCAAACUUGUGUAAGACGAAUGAAACAAAAGUAAACAAUUAUGCCCCGCAUGUAGCAUAAAUAACACGUAUUGGAAAAUUUAAAAUAAAUUUUUGAUAAACGGAUA